UCACCACACUGCCAUCCGUCGUCUUGGCGGAAGUGCUGCCUGGAAAAAACAACACAUAGCUAGCGCAGCUGCUAGCCUAAACUAACGAAAUUGGUUAGCAACUAUUGGUAUUAAAGCAGGAUUGGAUUUGACUGCAAACACCAAAUAGUAUUCUAUUCAACCCCAUGGCUAUGGGAGUGGCAAUGGUCCAUGAAGAGUUUUGGUUACACACAGAGUGGCUUGUCCACCAAGAUCAUCAACAGGCACUUGAGCACAGAUAACAUAUCCAAACUGAUUAACCAUGAUCCCCAUCACUGAGCUGCGGUACUUUGUGGACACACAGCCGGCAUACCGCAUCCUGAAACCAUGGUGGGAUGUGUUUACCGACUACAUCUCCAUUGUUAUGCUUAUGAUUUCGGUGUUUGGGGGGACACUGCAGGUCACCCAGGACAAGAUGAUCUGCCUGCCCUGCAAAUGGGUGGUCAAUCAGACCUGCAAGAAGAACUUCAAUUCUACCCUCUCGGGAUCAUUUUUCAUGGAACCCAAAGGAAUCCAGUAUGAUCUGGAUCGCCACCAGUACAACUAUGUGGAUGCUGUGUGCUAUGAGAAUAGACUGCACUGGUUUGCCAAGUAUUUUCCUUACCUAGUAUUACUCCACACCCUUAUAUUCCUCGCUUGCAGCAACUUUUGGUUUAAGUUUCCACGGACAAGUUCCAAACUAGAGCACUUUGUAUCCAUCUUGCUGAAAUGCUUUGACUCUCCGUGGACAACCAGGGCGCUGUCAGAGACGGUGGUUGAAGAGAGCGACCCAAAACCAAUGAAAAUGAACGGCUCAAUGGACCACAAGGCGUCCGUUAUUAGUGAGGAUGUUGAAGCAAGUGUUCCUAUGCUCCAAAGGACAAAAACACGCUUUGAGCAGGGCAUUGUAGAUAGAACAGAAACUGGGGUUUUGGACAAGAAAGAGGGAGAACAGGCAAAAGCCUUGUUCGAAAAAGUCAAGAAGUUCCGUAUACACGUUGAGGAAGGAGACAUUGUGUACAGACUGUACAUCCGGCAGACCAUCAUCAAAGUCAUCAAAUUUAUAUUGAUAAUCUGCUACACAGGGUAUUAUGUGCAUGACAUUCAGUUCAGUGUGGACUGUUCAGUAAAUAUAGAGAGCCUGACCGGUUACAGCGUGUACCGCUGUGCCCACCCGUUGGCUACACUUUUUAAAAUCUUAGCCUGUUUCUACAUUAGCUUAGUAGUGGUGUAUGGUUUGAUCUGCAUGUACACGCUUUGCUGGAUGCUGCGGCGCUCUCUUAAGAAGUACUCCUUUGAGUCGAUUCGGGAAGAGAGCAGCUACAGUGACAUACCCGAUGUUAAGAAUGACUUUGCAUUCAUGAUGCACAUGAUCGAUCAGUACGACCCUCUGUAUUCCAAACGAUUUGCUGUGUUCCUCUCGGAAGUCAGCGAGAAUAAGCUGAGGCAACUCAACCUCAACAAUGAGUGGACACUGGACAAGCUCCGGCAGAGGAUUACCAAGAACUCUCAGGAGAAGUUGGAGUUGCACCUUUUCAUGCUAAGUGGCAUCCCAGACACAGUUUUUGACCUGAUGGAACUGGAGGUUCUUAAACUGGAGCUCAUCCCCGAUGUCACCAUCCCACCGAUCAUCGCCCAGCUGAUUAACCUGCGAGAGAUGUGGCUGUACCACACACCGGCCAAAAUCGAAGCUCCCGCUUUGGCGUUUUUGCGCGAGAACUUGAAGUCCCUGCACAUCAAGUUCACUGACAUCAAAGAGAUUCCUUUAUGGAUCUACAGUCUGAAGAACCUCAGCGAGCUUCACCUGACGGGGAAUCUCAGCGCGGAGAACAACCGUUACAUUGUCAUCGAUGGGCUUCGGGAGCUCAAGAGGCUCAAAGUUCUACGUCUGAAGAGCAAUCUCACCAAGCUACCUCAGGUGGUGACCGACGUGGGCAUGCACCUCCAGAAGCUUUCUGUCAAUAAUGAAGGCACCAAACUAAUGGUGCUCAACAGCCUGAAGAAGAUGGUUAACCUGACCGAGCUUGAGCUCAUUCGCUGUGAUCUAGAACGCAUACCACACUCUAUCUUCAGCUUGCACAACUUGCAGGAGAUCGAUUUGAAGGACAACAACCUGAAGACCAUCGAGGAGAUCAUCAGCUUCCAGCACCUUCAUCGGCUAGUCUGCCUUAAGCUCUGGUACAACCAGAUUGCCUAUAUCCCCAUCCAGAUUGGCACACUGACCAACCUUGAGAAACUUUACCUGAACAGAAACAAGAUCGAGAAGAUGCCCAGCCAGUUGUUUUAUUGCCGCAAGCUUCGCUUCUUGGACCUGAGCCAUAACAACCUGACCUAUAUCCCGACAGACAUCGGCUCCCUCCAGAAUCUCCAGUACCUGGCAGUGACUGCCAACAGGAUCGAGAGCCUGCCUAAUGAGCUGUUCCAGUGCAAAAAGCUUCGCACUUUGAACUUGGGAAACAACUGCCUGCAGUCUUUGCCAUCGCGGUUUGGAGAGCUGACCGGGCUGACACAGCUCGAACUGAGAGGAAACCGUCUGGAGUGUCUGCCCGUGGAGCUGGCCGAGUGCCGACAGCUGAAGAGAACCGGCCUCGUGGUGGAGGAGGACCUCUUCAACACCCUGCCCACGGAGGUCAAGGAACAGUUAUGGAAAAGUGACAAAGAACAGGCUUGAAUCGGGCUGUAAGAUAAAAUGGAUACUGUCUGAGUGGGACCUGACAGGCUUGAAUGCCUAUACUGUCCCUGGGGAGCUUGUUGCUGCAGGCAGGAGUACUGCUGCAGUGUACUGCCAGUAAGGUUGGGUAUCAAGAACCAGUGACAAGGGAGCAUAAUCAAAAUAUUGAUGGCGUCAGGUUGUUAUUUUAAUUCAUGACUGUGCAGCUGAGUGUCCUUCCUUUUACAAACAACCCCUCAGGCCUCCGUAAUACAACACAGUAAUGAUGCUUUCCAGCAGUAAUGUAGCAGCGGAUGAGUUUACACAUAAUGCAUGUCAGGUAUGGUGGAUCAUUAAUUAUGAAACAGUCUGGGCCAACUUAAAGGGAAUACCUACCGUUCACCAUUUCUGUAAUAUCAGAUUUUGUUUAAUCAAGAAAGAAUACAAGAAUCCCCAAUUUCAAUUAACUUGGUAGCAUGGUGAGGCAUGGUCCAAAAGGAAGAUUUAGUUUAUUUUUCACUUUUCUGAUAUUUCCAGAUGGGGCAAUGAACUCUUGGCCGAGGUCUGCGCUCUCCGAUUAUCAAUUUAGUUAAUCUUGAAAUUAUGACAAGCUAGAAGUGUUUCUUUUAGGGAAAAAUAAUUCAAUUUUAUAUUUACAAUAUCUUACAAGUCAUUUGAUCAAACAAAUGUUAUAUUGUUGAUAAUCGUUGAAAUAAUGAAAGGAGUGCAUUUCAUAAUGUGGAAGAGUCACUCAGUCUGCUGUCAGUAAUGCUGUAGAGACUCAUGAUUUGCGUUAGGUUGGCCUGAGUCCUGGUAGCAGCACUAACAAAACCAGUUAUUCUCCUUAAUGCUAUUAAAUUGACUAGCAUUACAAGAUGCCCCUCCCAUAAAAUGACAUUGGUGGAGCCUCUCGUCUACAAACAGAUACCAAACCCUGACUGCCAGUAUACUGCUCAGUGGGAACUGAACACAAUCUAUUUCAUGGUUAUGCUGCAUCCACAUUGUCUGUAAUGAAUUGCACAGAACAACAUCAACAAAUCUUAGGAAAGAUGUCUUGAAUGAGAUGAGUUAUUUCUUCAUCAAAAUCAUUUGAAUGAGGUUUAUCCAGGAUGACACUAUUGACAUUGAAACGAUCCACAAAGUAUAAGUAAUGUGCUUAAGACGGAUGACGAUGCUUACCUGAAACACUAGGUUAGUUAAUGUCCCUUUCUGUGGUGGGUAUGCCACACAUAUCCACUGAUAUGCCCUCAUAGUUGAGUUAUAUGCAGAUAGCAAAUUAAUUUCCAAACAUCUCCUUAAAUCUCUUUAAUGAAAACCUGGCCUUGUUUUUAUUUUAAUUUGUUACCACGGUGUAACAUUAAUAUGAGUAGUUAUUCUUUUAAUUAAAUGUCACUGAACUGCAUCAGUCAAAACAUAUUGCUAUGUUCCGUGUAGAUGUUUUCCCCUGCAGUUAAAUGACACAUAUUUAAUCUAAAGCUAUUGAAACGGCUCUAAUAUGUAAUAAACCAGAGUUAUAUUUGUGAAAGAACAAUGCAAUAAGGUCCAACAAGGCCAUUUCUGAAACUUCAUUUUCUGUGUUACGUUUUAGCUUUUACCUCAAAACGCUUAACACUUUUAGUAAACGAGAUAAAUGCCACUGGAUGUACAGACCCAUUAUAAAUCCUUCAAAUUCAUUUUAGUCAUUGGCAGUUACACAUUAUUUUCCUCCUUCUGUGUAGAACCAUUUCCGUUGUGGUUUGUUGAGACAUCUUAAAAACCUGAUCAGUUGUUUAAUUUCAUCACUUCCUUUUCCGUCAUGACAAAUUAAGUUGGAUUUGUAUUAAAUUAUCUAUUUAUGUCAGGCUUAUUUCGGAUUUUUUUUUUUUUUUAAUUGUGUUGUGCCAGAGGAACUCACCUCUUGGAAACCCAUCUUCAACAAGUAGAAGUCGAAAUUACAAAUUAAUAUCCUAAAAGGUUUAAAGUUCAUCAAUGGGUGUUUAAAAGUAAGUAGGUCCUUGGUUAACACCACAGACCGUAAACAUUGAUUUGUUUUUCAUUGAUUUGGCAUCAUUUGGUGUCACUAUCUGUUGAUUUAUUUUAUUCAUAGUUGUGGGAGAUGUUGUUCAUUAUUAUGUUAUGUUCUUUCCUGUCAUGCAUGGGCCUCAAUACUUUUCAGGACUAAUCUAAUUGUUAUAUCAUUUUUUCUGGUUUCGAAGUUUGUUCAUUUUAGAGGAAUGUUUAAUACUUUUUUGCCUGAUAAUGACUUUUCUGCACCUGUGUUUUGCCACAGUAAGCAGCACCUUGCUCAAAAUGGUGGAAACAAGAUCAAUGCACAGCUCUGACGCAGCAAAGCACACAAUAGGGGCUCUUGUAUAUACCCUGAGAACAAAAUAAAAAAUCAGUUUAUGUUUUAAUAAACCUAACUGCAAAGGAAACCUGGAGAGUAGCAAUAUACAGUAAACUAACUGCAUUGAAAAGCAUAGGAAUACUUUAAACUAUGUACAUUUAUUUAAGUAACAUCUUUCACUAUGCGAUAUUGUGCAAUAUUGCCUUCAUUUAAACUAUGUAAUAGUAAGUGAUGUAGUACUGUAAUCUGCAUGGGCAUUCCUUUUUCAUUUUACUAACCUGAUAGUCAAAAUUUCAAGUUAAGUAGAUUAAAGGACAUUUACUCCCAGAAAAUGCUUUUGCACUAAGCAUCUCUCCCACAUGUUAACUUUAUGUAAACAACACAUUUUUUGUGAGUAUUCUGUAAUAAAAGGUUUGACUUAAUAACUGCCAGCCAUGAAAUUAAAAUGAUAUUAGAUAUGUAUUUCACAUUUUAUUUUAAAUAUUACCCUUUACGUCACAGCUGGAGCAUUUCAAACGGCAUCCAGAUCACUCAGCAAUACACCACAGAUUAAGACAAUCAACUACUCUAUGUGAAGUGUUUCAGUGAGCACUGCUAGCAAAGGGUCAGUACAUUAAAAGGACAUUGUGUAGGUUGCUUGGAAAAUUGUAUAGAUUAGCUAUUGAUCUCAUUGUUAAUAUUUUUGUUCUGUCUUUCCCUCCUUUUUUUAUGAUUUUGAGUUUUUUUUUUCAUUUUGACAGCUAUUAGUAUUAUACAAUAUAACUAAAUUUCUCAGGAAGCCAGCUAGUACUCACUUCUUUUUUGAGUUAAUUGCCUAUUUUUUAUUAAACCUUGUAUUUGUAUUAAUUUAAUUAAUUGUUUUAUACAGUUACGGUUUUAUAUGCAUUUCUAUACCUUCUUUUUCUAGUUUGGUGUAUUUAAUAUUGACUGCUGGCUCAAACUAAAUGUUUGUGUUUUUCGAGAUGCUUGGUUUAACGUUGAUUCUCUUUUUUCCUCAAUGACCAUUUACCAAGUGAGCGGUAGUGUUUCAGAAGGAUGAGUUCUUGAUGAGCAUGGAUGAAGUGUGUAUGAUAGCGUAAUCCCUGUGUAUGUAUGUUGCCGUGAUGAGACCUUCACUCCAUGAUGUUCAUCUCUUAAAUUCAGUGUUAUGGGGUACACAUUCUUUGUUUUCGAUGUUUCCCAACUCUAAUCCAAUCAUAGGUCAUUUUUUCCUUAAUAAGAAAAAUCAUCAGUGUAUCAGUAUUGACAAGAAUGAUGUUACAGUGAGUGUACGAUUUGAGCAUGUGUCCGAUCAUCUCCUACACAGCAUUCCCUCCAGAUAAAAUGAAAUAAACUUGGUUGACCUAA